GACAAAUCUUAACAAGAGAAAAAAACAAAACAAAAAGGAAGAUGUCGAGUAUGAAUAUGAUCAAGAUAACAAUGAUGAUGGCUUUGGUACUAAUGGGCGUGAGAGCAACGACUGUAACUCAGUCUCAAGAAACAGACCGCAAGUUCGAGUGUCACAGCAUGAACCAUAUAGCUUGGAAUAAUGGAAUGUACUGGAACCCAAAGAUGUGUUAUUUUAUUUGCUCUGGACCUUGUGGUAAAGACAAUAACUGUCGCCAACGUUGUAAGAAAUGUUGUCAUUGGCGGUGCAUGGGUCCAUCUUGUUGAAGAUUUUAGAUUCAUGGGUCUUAGACUUGUGGAAAUUUUGGUGUAUUACUUUUCUUGUUAUUUGACACACUAAAA